AUGGGGCUUCCACUUAGUCCGGUGCUGGCGGAUAUUGUAAUGGAGCAUAUUUUAGACGAGGCGAUGACCAUAUUAAACUUGCAGGUGGAUGUUUGCCUAAAAUAUGUGGACGAUUUAUUCCUAAUGGUUCCGAAGCAGUCAGUUGAUUACAUCCUGUCGGUAUUCAAUUCCAUCAAUAUCAACAUUCAAUUCACACAUGUAGUUGAGCAAAACAAUGAGUUGGCGUUCUUGGACACCACAGUUAUUCGUGACGCAGUUGGCGCAAUAUCGUUUUUGUGGUUCUCCAAACCAACUUGUUCGAACCGGUUACUGAACUACAGAUCGAAUCAUCCUAUGAACCAAAAGUUGAACGUUGUGGAUAACUUGAUCAAAAGAAUGUAUGGGCUGAGCUCAACAAAAUUCCACUACCAAUGCAGCAGAAACAUUAAGAAAAUUCUCAUGAUGAACGAUUACCCAUUGGACUUAAUAGAGAACCGUAUCAAGAAGCAUAUUAAUUCUAGAGAAAAUCAACAAGUGAGUCCACCACAGGUGGAUACGAAUGUUUCCAGUUCCGAUGUCCAGAAUGAGAUUAUGUACAGAGGCCUGCAUUUCCAUAGCUCUUGUUCCCAGAACAUUGGCAAAAUUUUGUGCGAAGAUAGUGAGAAUUUGCGUUUGGGUUUUAAGCCGACUUACACGAACCGUGCCAUCUUCUCUAAACUCAAACAAAAGACAUUGGAAGAAGACUUAUAUAAUGUGGUCUACAACAUCCCGUGCUUUGGUGAUGGAAUAAACGCACAAUGUGAGCUGUCCUAUGUGGGCAGUACCGGACACAAAGUCAAAAUAAGAGGAGGCCAACAUGUCGACGAUAUUAAGAAGUUUAAUCGUGACAACGACCUGGAAGGCACAACGGCAGUAGUCCACCAUUUUCAUGAUGUUGUACAUGUUCCGGACACAGACAACAUUUCGGUGUUGGCGAUUGAACAUAAUAAGACAAAGAGAAAAAUUCUAGAGUCUCUAUACAUUAUGACGAAUGACACGAUGAAUUUCAGGCGAGACACUGAGAACAUUAAUUCGGUGUACAAAAGCUUGCUAAGAAAAUAA